UGCAGAUCAUUACUUUGAGCUAUUUGUAAAGUAUAAUAGAACUGAGAAAUAUACACCUAUAGGUAAAAGUCAAAGGCUCAAUUAUUUUUUAACUAAUAAACAUGGCGUAUCAUCGGAAGUUUCCAAAUUUAAUGAAACCGCAAAAAUAUUUCCAGGCGAUCACAAGACGAUCAAAGCGGAUUUGAUGGUUCGAGUUAAUUUUUAUAAAAUUGAAAAUAAUUUGGCAUUUAUUAGUCCAUCCAAUUUUAUACCAUAUGAACAAUAUUUUGACGAUGAUGUGUUCAGUGACAUCAUAUUUACGUUUGGUGGCAAUUCUACGAUCAAAGCAUCUAGUAUGUACCUUGCUACAAAAUCUUCACACUUUAAAAGAUUAUUAAAGGAUACAAGGAAGGACACCAGUAAGAUAGUUAUUAAAAUGGACGGAGUUUCUUAUGAUAGUUUUUAUAGAUUAUUGUAUUACAUUUAUACUGGAAAACUUGAUGAAAAUUUAAGUUUUGAGGAAUUAUUGGAUUUAUAUAAUGAAACUAGUUCAAGAGAAAUUCAUGAUUUGAAACAAUUACUUAGUUGUAGAAUUAUCGAUUUUGUAGAUGAUAAUAAUCUGGAUAUCUUGUUUACGUUGGCAUUAAGAACAAAAAAUAAUGUGUUAAAGAAUGCCGUUUUGAAAUUUUCUGCUAUUGGUUACACGGAGAUUGAAUCUUAA